AAAAAAAGACAUUUUCUUUACGGCCUUUUAUAUAAGAGCCCAAAGAAAGAGAAACGGGGUGUAACCAAACAGCGUGGCAAUGGCCUCUCGCUUACUAUUCCUCACUCUCAUAAGAAAUGGCAGAAAUGGCGGUGGCUUCAUUAACGGCAAUUCUCAGUCACUCUCACUCUUCAAUAGGACCAGCUUUCUUUGUAGAUUUCUCUCUUCCGAAACUCAGACAAGGGAGUUUCUCGAAGAGUCUUUGAAUUCUCAGGAAAACGACGACCUCAGGAGCAGAAUCUUCAGGCUCAGACUCCCCAAGCGGAGCGCCACCAAUAUUCUUCACAGAUGGGUCGGCGAAGGCAAUCAGAUUACGGUCUCCGAGCUCCGUCAAAUCUCGAAGGAGCUCAGGAAGUCCCAGCGUUACAAGCACGCUCUCGAGAUAACAGAAUGGAUGGUUACCCAUGAAGAAUAUGAAUUAUCAGACUCUGACUAUGCCGUCCGCAUUGACUUGAUGACAAAAGUUUUCGGCAUUGAUGCUGCAGAACGCUACUUUGAAGGCCUACCUCUGUCUGCAAAAACAAGUGAAACAUGCACUGCUCUCCUCCACUCUUAUGCUGGGGCAAAAUUGAUUGAAAAGGCCGAGAAACUUUAUGAGGGGAUGAAGGACUCAAACCUGCCCUUAAAUGCCCUUACAUAUAAUGAGAUGAUGACUUUAUACAUGUCACUUGGGCAUGUUGAGAAGGUCCCAUUAGUUGUCGAAGAACUUAAACGACAGAAGGUUGCACCCGAUAUCUUCACUUAUAAUCUAUGGAUAAGUUCAUGUGCUGCAACAUUAGACAUCGAUGAAGUUAGAAGGAUUCUAGAGGAAAUGAGCAAUGAUUCAGUUUCUAAUGAAGAUUGGGCGAGAUACAUUAACCUCACCAAUAUAUAUGUUACCGCAGGUCAUCUUGUAAAUGCAGACUCUAACUCUCUAGUUGAAGCUGAGAAAGUUAUCACACAAAGAGAAUCGAUAACGUACGACUUACUUAUUAUUCUGUAUGCUGGUUUAGGAAACAAAGACAGAAUUGAUCAGAUAUGGAAAUGCUUGAGAAUGGCUAAACAAAAAAUGUCAAGCAGAAACUAUAUUUGCAUUCUUUCUUCAUAUCUGAUGCUUGGGCAUUUGAAAGAAGUAGAAGAAGUUAUUGAUCAGUGGAAGCAAUCAACGACAACAGAUUUUGAUGUUUCUGCUUGUAGUAGGCUUUUAGCUGCUUUUGCGGAUGUUGGGUUGACUGAGAAGGUCCAAAAUUUUCACAUGCUGCUGAUUCAGAAGAACUGCGACCCUGCAAGUCUAUCGAAAUAGUAGCUAGAGUUUGGUCUUAUCUGCAUACAAUAUUUGAGGGAUCGGUGUUUGGACUUCUUGGAGAGGAAAGGAAAUAAGUACACUUUGCGAUUCUUUGAGGCUUGCUGCAUCACUGAAUUGUCUCAUCCAAGUUUCAACAUUCUGGUAUUGCUGCUGUUUCACUUUUUGUGUCCAUACUCUGGAAAUGUAAAAUUCAGGGUUUCUUGAAUAUCAGACUUAUAUUUAUUUCCUUCCCAAUGUCUUUGAUCUAAGAUACUUUCCCAGCUGCUGAUUUAAUCAUCACUGCUAGUGUCAAAAAUGGGCGCAAAACUUGUGGUUUUGCAAUUUCGAGCCAGGUUCAACCCAAGGAAAGGGGGCGGGAUUUCUUCAAUGAAGACGUUGAUCGACUAAAUGUAGAAUGGUUAUUUUUUGACAGUUGAAACAAGGUUUUAAUACACUUGUUAUGCAUUACUUUAUUAUAUUAUUGUCCAGAAAUAUUCACAAUAAAUAUGGAACCAUUUUUUAGGUUAUUGUCUUGUAUUUCAGCCCUGUAAGAGAAGGCUUCAUACAUCAUUUCCAUUCUAAUAUCUACGUGUAUUAUGUACUUUUAUAAGGUCAAUUAGCCAAAUUCAAAUUAUGCUCUGGUUUA